AUGAAUGAUAUUUCGACAAAAUCAUCUGAGUAUCAAUCAUUGGAAACCUUACUUGCACAAAAAAGUCCAUUAUUUCGUUUUCAACAAUUCAGAGAACGUGAAGCAAAAGAAUUAUUUGAUUUACAAUCGAUUCAAUUGUCACAACAACUUCAACAACCAAUAUCAGAAAAAACAAAUAUUUCAGAAAAAACACGUAUACUUACAAGUGCUAAACCUACAAAUCAACGACCAACGUCACGAUUAAAAGACUAA